UACCACCCAACAACAAACUAAUUUUUCCUCUCUCGCGCUUGCCAACUCCGGCGAAUUCAGCGGCUUAUCUGUCACCGUCCUCCGCGAGAUGGGUGCUAAAGCAAAGAAGAAAGCAAUUACCAAGAAAUUGAAGAAGAGGGCAAGCGAUUUUUCUGCUUCUUCAGCUUCUAAACAUGAAGCUCAUGACUUUCUGCCAUUAGAAGGUGGGCCAGCACAGAAGCUUCCAAAGACUGAAGUGAGGGAAAAUAAAGCCACAGUGUUAUAUAUUGGGAGAAUCCCGCAUGGAUUUUAUGAGAAUGAAAUGGAAGGUUUCUUUAAGCAAUUUGGUACAAUCAAGAGGCUCAGAAUUGCAAGGAAUAAGAAGACAGGAAAAUCAAUGCAUUUUGGCUUCACAGAAUUUGAGUCCCCUGAGGUUGCAGGUCGCAAAAGUUGUUGGGAUACUAUGCAUAAUUAUCUAUUGUUUGAGCACUUAUUGCAAGUUCAUCUUAUUCCUCCUGAACAUGUACAUCCAAGAUUGUGGAAAGGUGUGAACCGCUGGUACAAACCCUUGGAUUGGGUUAAAAUUGAAAAGAAGCGUCAAGAUAAGGAAAGAACGCUGGAUGAGCACAAGAAGUUGGUUGAAGGAAUAUUAAAGUGCGACAAGAAGAGGCGAAAGAGGAUUGAAGCAGCAGGAAUUGACUAUGAGUGCCCGGAAAUUGUGGGUUCAAUUCAGGCUGCACCGAAGAAGAUCAGAUUUGAUGCAGAAUUGAUCUAUCCAGCAGAACCAAGGCAGCAAGUAGAUAAGUAUAUGCGAGGCAGUUUGCAUCACGAUUCACGGUCAUGUAAGCUGUAAGGUCACGUGCCGUUGAACCAUACUGGCUGAUGGAAAGCCAUCAAUCCAAGUGUCUAUUGGUUAUAGCUUCUUUGUAAUCGCAGCUCAAACUAUGAAGAAUUCUGGAACUCCCAAGGGUGAUAAAAUGAAAUUUUCUAGCUAUCUAGUAUCUUAAUGCAAAGUAUUUAGGCUAUGAUGUGCCAGAUUUGAGUUCUUUUGGUUAUUUUGUUCUUUUCCCUGCUGAAUGUACAGUUAAUGAUUUCCAUAAUUAUCCAAAGACUCUGAAUCUACAGGCUUUAUUAGUUCC